GCUCAGUAAACCGAGUUACGAGACUGGAGUUGGUAACGCAGUAGUUUCGGGAUAUUUAUCCGUUAAAGGUGAAACGAUUUGUUUGUGUGCUGUUGGUUGACGUCGACAUUGCGUCUGGAUCUCUGGAUAUUUCCCUUCGCCACGCUUUGGAUAGUAUCUUAUUUAACCAAAAUGCGCCUGAUUCAGAACAUGUCUACCAUCGCGGAGUACCCGAGCACAGAAUGCGCAUCCAGUCGGGUUAUCAAGAUGGCAGUGAUCGGAGGCAGCGGGGUUGGGAAAACCGCUUUGGUGGUACGUUUCCUCACCAAGCGAUUUAUUGGCGACUACGAGAGAAACGUCGGCAACCUUUACUCCAGAGAGGUGCAGAUCGACGGAGAACAAGUCGCCAUUCAAGUUCAAGACACUCCGGGAGUUCAAGUGAAUGCUAAUGGACGGAGCUCCACAGAUCACGUCGCCCGUGCCAUUCAAUGGGCAGAUGCAGUAGUUAUGGUAUAUUCUGUGACCGACUGUCGAAGCUUCGACCUCAUCGGCCAGCUCCACCAGCUUGUUAGCCGCACACACACCAGCGUGCCGAUCAUUCUAGUGGCUAAUAAAGCCGACCUUCUCCACAUCAGGCGGGUGGACGCUCAAGAAGGACCCCUCCUGGCUUCUGCAUUAGGUUGCUCCUUCUAUGAGGUGUCUGCUAGUGAGGACUACAGCCAGGUCCACGGUGCCUUCCACCGAUUGUGCGUGGAUCUGGCCAAGCAGCAGCCUCCGCUCGUGACCCCCAUCAAUGCCGCUUCGUCGGGGACGGAGAAGAAAAGAUCGCCCCUCAUCCCACGGCCCAAAUCCCCCAACAUGCAGGACCUGAAGAGGCGCUUCAAACAGGUGCUUUCAGCCAAGGUCCGGACUGUCACAUCAGUGUGAAGAUUUGGGAAAGGCGGGUGUCUGAAUAAAAGCCAAAGAAGUGGUGCAGGAUUGAGAAGAGGAGGAGAUCUUGGCAGAAGAUGCUGAAUGUAUAGAUCUCGCUCUUUUGAAGUUCCAGAGCCCUGUUGCUGAUGGCAGACCAGUAACAAACAGAGGCCCCUGAACCUUGACCUCUGAUUGUGUCGUGGUUGCUGAAAAAACAGAGGCUGUAACCGUAGCCUGGUGAACAUUUCCACUUGACAAUCCCAGCGCUACACUUGCUGCCGUCACAUAUCGAUAUGUGGACACAGCAGAAAUCUGGGAGAUGGCGCCUUAAAGAGGGACAAAGAUAGACUUUCGAUCGACAGACUCGUUGAUAGAAAUGAAUGAAACAUACGUACGCUAUUCAUUACAGUUUGCCUUACCUGUGAAUUUUUAGAUACGGUCUCAUGGCAACCGAGACUGAAGGCCUCACAGAAAUGACUAUUUUAGGAAUUACUUUCUGAAAAGCCUGAGAGAGGUUUUUUUUCUCUUGUGGUCAAGGCUUUCACCUCUUACUGCAGAGGUGCUCUGAAUGCAGGCAUUGUUAAAGGACAAGGUACUCAAGCUGAGCAUACAAAAAGCGUGUAUGUGUCU